UUUUCGGCUUGUAAAAAUAUUUAAAUUAUUUAAUAAAUUACCUACAGAAAUUUAUGUUGGUAAAGUGGAAUAACAGAAGGAACGAAAUGUCGAACCAGGACAGGAAUUAAAUAUGUGUCUCUAGUGAAAUCUUUCUCUUGGCAUUCGAAUGGCUGUUACUAUUAAUGGCUGUCUAUUAUGUUGCUAGCAAAUUAUCAUUUGUUGCUUGCAGAACUCGUUGCAUAAGUGAAAGAAGGAGAAGAAAAUAUUUCAACGACGAUGACAAUUUAGAAUCAACACAAAAGAAUGAAACUAAUUGGAAAGAAGACGAGCUGAUUAAAACUUGUUUGACGAAUCCGAACAUCUUUAUAAGAUCUCUCGGCCAUGUAUCUGAAGCAAACAGCAAAAAUGAAGCAGACGAGACAGAGCGAGUAAACAAAAUUACGCAGAAUGAUUCAGCAUCAAGCGUGACCUUCAACGGAAUCGUGACGGAUAUCAACGGGAUGGUUUUAAGUGGACCAUUGGAGAUUUUAAUGACUUUAUUGAUUCCCCAAGACUCGACGGACAUCGAUCAAAAUUUCGUUUUCUCGUUUUUGCUGUCGAGUAGAAUUUUUCUGCAGCCACAUGAAUUGUUGGGUAAACUUAUCAAGUCAGUGCCUGAGAAUGAUGAAUCACUGGAGCGUUUGGUGGUCAUGAUGGACGAAUGGACAAGGUGGUUUCCUUAUGAUUUCCGAGGAGAAGAAAUUAUGACGCUCAUUAAACAUAUCGCCGCGAGAUGUGGUUCGAAUACACUAUUAGGUGAUCGAAUGUCUGAUAUUUUGAGUGCCUUGCUAAUCAAAUUGACGGAUUUGAGUCAACAUGAAGAAGAAAUGAAGUCAUUCAAGAGGCCAUUGAGUGAGGAAGUUGUUGUUUGGCCAACUUCAUCAAAGCUUGCUCAACUUUUAUGUCAUUUCGAGAAGAGAUUUGCAAAACAUAUCGGACCGGAAGAGUUUGUUCAAUGCAGUUCGAAUCUCAUAAAACAACAAUCUUUGCAGCAAUCAAAUUACGAUGUUCCAUCAUCUACCUCAGCAUCGUCAUCAUCACAAGUCCAACUACCGGAUUUAAAAAAGAAAACUUGCAAUUUAGAAAACUAUUUCGAUUGGUCAAACCGUUUGCGGGUGCUAGUGGCUAAUGAAAUAUUGCAGUGUACUAACGAAACGGAUCGAACGAAGAGAAUAGAAUUAUGGAGUAGCGUAGCACAGCACUGUCUGCUUGUCGGAAACUAUAAUUCAGCGACAUCAAUACUUGAGCCGAUUUGUCGUCUACAGACAAUGAUCAUCACACCAAAUUCAUCACCACCACCCACACAACGCAACCACUCUGAAUCAUCCAUCACUAAAGUUCACCAAAAACCCAAAUCUGAAUGGGUUGUUCUGCCAGUCUUCGUAGAUAUUGUUAAAUUGGCUUUAAAAGCUCGAGAAGAUUGUAGCACAAGAAUGCCAAAUGGUUCAAUAAAUUUCUGCGCUUUUAAUGAAUUAGCUGCCAUUGUUUCCGCUUUCACAAUUCACAUGUCAAAUGUGCCUGUUUCACCAGCAGGAUGCAGUGGUGAAUACAGUUACCUUGUUAAUCACAUUUUAACAUGUACAUUGAGAGACGAGAAUGAGUUAUUUGCAGCAUUUGAAAAGGAAGCAUCUAAAAUAGAAUCGUAUUACGAUGUUCCUUGAACAUAGACGUUUGAAAGUGGGAGAGACCAUAGAAGAAAGUAAAUAAAUAUGAAACCAUAAAUUUAUCUCAAUGCUGUAAAUUUAAGUGGAACAACUUUAUUCAUCGUAAGAAAAAAAAAGCAUUAAUUUUGUGUAUUUUAUGUGAAAACUGCAAAGCCCGUAAAGCAUUGUUGAUUGUAGAAAAUAAACCAUUUCUAAGUCAUCCAAUUAUAAGAAAAAUAUUCCAUGUUUAUUUAUCUUUAUAAAUACAAAUAAGGACUGAACAUUUUUAUAUCGAUUCGAUUUAUGGAAAGCGAAAAAAUAUAAAUAAGAACACAUUUAAAUAAUAAAUCUGAAUUUAUG